ACUGCUUUUUAUCAACAACAUCUUCCAGCAUCACGUAUGUCUUUCCAUGCACAUGCAAUUAACGCCACAAACUAUUACGAAUGUCUUAUAACCGUCUUUUCUAUAUGAUUGAUAUGAUAUAUAUGCACAUGCACACACUUAAAAUAAAUGUUUGUCUAUGUGUUUACAACGGUAUAAAGAAAACAAGCAUUAUAUGUGCAUUGGAUUUCAAGUGUAUAUUUUGUCUACAUUGGGAACUUGGGUUUUUAUCGCGUAUAUGUCUGAAAUAGAUGUCUCUGCGUGAAAAGGAUAGGAUUAUAAGUAAAAAUAGCCACGGGCUCUUUAACUUGCAUAUUCAGAACGUGCCUCCUGCAGAUAUAUCUGCUCAGAAAAACUGCUAGUAACGCCCUAGAGCCGAGACAGGCUGGUGCGCUAUAGAGAUAGACAGAGAGACUCGGCGGCCAGAUAACGGCACAGUGCAGGAGGCUCUCACAAUCCAUAUAACCUGAGGAUCAAAAACUCAAUAUCCACGCUGGGAAAAAUGCCACUGGCAGCAUCGCCGAUCACGUGAAUGAUGAUUCUCCGUAAUACAUGUGUUUGGUCAAAACCAACAUUUUUUUGGUUAAAAUAGAUUGAUUUUGGAGCUUUCCCCCCCUUCACGAUGCAGUAUUGAUUUGCUAAAUUAUUCAUUAGAGGUAUUAUUUUUACGGGUGGAAUUUUAAUUUCUGCGAGAGCUGCUGUCUUUCGCGAGGACCGGGACAUGCAGGUCAUGCACAGCGGCUUGCGGAAGGAGAAGAGGGCUUUCGGGAUCUGUCAGGCUCCGAGCCGCGCCGGCAUGGAUGCGGACGCGCAGUGACUGCCCUCGCCGGCUGCUUCGGGGACAGAGCGGAGAGGAGCAGAAAUACACUGCAUUUGCGCAUCACGGGACAAGCCUAAAGUAUUGGUAUGGCUGAGAAGUCUCUGGAGCCUGGGUCGGUCUCCAUCCCAAUGGAAGAGUCCAUACGUAAUGGGGGAGGCCAGGAGCCGCCCCUGCUGACGCACCUGAAGAAGGUCGAGAACCACAUCACAGAGGCCCAACGCUUCUCUCACCUCCCCCGGCGCUCUGCCGUGGACCUGGAGUUCACCGAGCUGUCGUAUACCAUACGCGAGGGGCCAUGCUGGAGGCGAAGAGGUUACAAGGCCCUGCUCAAGUGUCUUUCCGGAAGGUUCUGCAGCCGCGAGCUGAUCGGUAUUAUGGGCCCAUCAGGGGCUGGAAAGUCCACCCUGAUGAACAUCCUGGCCGGCUACAGGGAGACGGGCAUGAAGGGGCAGAUUCUGGUGAAUGGGAAGCCCCGGGACCUACGUACCUUCCGGAAGAUGUCGUGCUAUAUCAUGCAGGAUGACAUGCUGCUGCCGCACCUGACCACACGGGAGGCCAUGAUGGUUUCCGCCAACCUGAAGCUGGAUGAGAACAUGGACAUGAAGAAAGAGCUGGUGAAUGAGAUCUUGACAGCACUAGGACUCCUGGAGUGUCUCCACACACGCACCAUCUCCCUGUCGGGGGGGCAGCGCAAGCGUCUAGCUAUUGCCCAAGAGCUUGUCAACAACCCGCCGGUUAUGUUCUUUGAUGAGCCUACCAGUGGGCUGGACAGUGCCUCCUGCUUCCAGGUGGUGUCCCUCCUAAGGUCUUUGGCCCUGGGUGGCCGCACCAUCAUCUGCACCAUCCACCAGCCCAGCGCCAAACUCUUCGAGAUGUUCGACAAGCUCUACAUCCUCAGCCAGGGCCAGUGCAUCUACAAGGGCACUGUCACGUACCUCAUCCCCUACCUGAAGGGCCUGGGUCUGCACUGCCCCACCUACCACAACCCCGCAGAUUUCAUCAUUGAGGUGGCCUCGGGGGAGUACGGCGACCUGAACCCUGUGCUGUUUGAGGCUGUGCAGGGGGGGCUCUGUACUCUGGAAAGCAAGAAGAACUCCAGUGAUAAGAGCGACCCGGCGUCCUCCAGUCUGUCGCAGUGUCACAAUGAUUCUGGACAUAUCGAGAAACACACCUUUGCCACGAACACCCUGACGCAGUUCUGCAUCUUGUUUAAGAGGACCUUCAUCACAAUCUGCAGGGACAUGGUGUUGACCCACCUCAGGGUGAUGUCUCACAUCUCCAUCGGGGUUCUUAUCGGCCUGCUUUACCUCAACAUCGGCAACGACGCCAGCAAAGUCUUCAACAACACUGGCUUUCUCUUCUUCUCCAUGCUCUUCCUCAUGUUCGCGGCGUUGAUGCCUACUGUGCUGACAUUCCCUCUGGAGAUGUCUGUGUUUAUAAGGGAACACCUCAACUACUGGUAUAGCCUGAAGGCCUACUAUUUGGCUAAGACAAUGGCAGACAUCCCGUUCCAGGUCAUCUGCCCCAUCAUGUACUGUAGCAUCGUGUACUGGAUGACUGAGCAGCCCCCGGAAGCAGGCCGCUACCUGCUCUUCAUGGCUCUGUCUACCUCCACCGCCCUGGUUGCCCAAUCUCUGGGGCUUCUGAUUGGAGCAGCAUCCACCUCACUGCAGGUGGCCACGUUUGUAGGUCCUGUCACUGCCAUUCCUGUGCUUCUCUUCUCUGGAUUCUUUGUUAACUUUGAUACCAUCCCCAAGUAUCUCCAGUGGAGCUCCUAUGUGUCCUAUGUCAGGUAUGGCUUUGAAGGUGUGAUCCUAUCCAUCUACGGGCUGAACCGCUCAGACCUGGAGUGUCCGAUGAAGGUCUGCAAGUUCCAGAAACCAGAGGAGGUGCUCCAGCUGCUAGACGUAGAGGACGCCAAACUCUAUGUGGACUUCAUGGUUCUGGGGGUGUUCUUCUUAACCCUACGGCUGGCCACCUACCUGGUCCUUCGCUACAAGGUCAAGUCAGAACGAUAGGCCUCCCAAACCUCCCCCCCCCCCCCCAGGACUACAUCACUCAUGUAUAAAACAGUCACACAUGGUUUUUAGAUCCUAUUUUUUAUCUUUGAAAACCGUCAGAUGCAUCAGAUUUGGAUGUAGUCCUUUUAUCCAUGUUUGAUUCGUGUUUUUGUGGACACUGGUGGGAGCUUCAGAGAAGGUGGCCCAGCUGACCAGCAUUCCAGGGAUGCUGCUAAGCAUUAUCCUCGGGGAACUGAUCACUGGAGCUACAGCAGAGGAAUGAGACGGAGCACAGAGGAGCAACUUUAUGACUUUUUUUUAACCUACUGCUGGCCUGGCAAUUAACAAACAAAAGGCUGCCGUCAUCUCUGGGGUUGUUGCAUAACUCAGUUUAAACAACAAAGUGUCUGUAAUGUAUAUUAUCUAGAGCCCACAGCUAGAUGUAAGAAGCAUCCGUGAAUAUUCCAGAAGGGAAUUCCAACGGAAUUUUCUUAAAGAAAUGUCAGGUGUACUUUUCACCCCUUCCUAAAUAUAUUUUUUAAAUAUUAUUACAGGAUCGGUCGGUUUGACAGUGAUCUGUUUCAUAUUAUUUGAAAUGGACUGACCUUUCAGAAAUGUAGGGUUUCUCUUUCGUUACCCUCCUGUUUCUCAAAACUGGAAUCCUCCCAAAACUAUUGACUACUAGAAAACUAUGCUUCUCAGAGGAUGCAGCUUUCUCCAGCACACCGAUCAAAAACCAAGGGACUCGCUUCCCAGUAUCCUGUUACCAGUGGGGAAACAUCUGACUGCGAGUUACCAUGGCAACACUGGCGUUCUGUUUAAACGGGUUCUGUUCAUCCCUCGUGGGUCUGCUGUCCUUGAUGAGGGAUUAAGAGAAUGUCCCAGGCUCAUACUGUCUGUGAAAACCUCGAUGGGGCCUUGCCACUCCUGCAUUCCAGCCUCUGCAUCAUGCCUUCCUAUGUGGCCUUCAGCCGCUGAGAAGAAAUGCUUCAGGAGCCGAGCUUUCAGGAAACCUCCCUGACGAUGUCGACAGGAGUUUACAACUCUGUUACUUCAAAAGGAAGAAGGGUUCACCAGCGCCACCUGGCAGUUCUCCUUAGAACCCAACAGCUCCUGAUGGUAGCUGAGCUCUCCCUGUGCAGAUUUGGUGAAGGGCAUGUCUUCCAUGUUCUCCGAAACUGUAAGCCAGUAUGCUCCCAAGAGGUUCCUGCUCUUCUCCUCCUUGCGUGGUCGGUCAGCGUCUCUUGAAUUUAUACCUCCUCCAAAAUCCCAGAGGAACAGAACUGAGGGAAAUCGAGGCGGCAUUAAGAAGUCACUCUGAUCACAUCCACUUGCUCCUGCAUGGGACAAGAUGCUGUUUCGGCAUCCUUUGGAAUAGGCUGUAGAUUCCCUUAACAGCCACUUGGGGCAGCAGAAUUUACAGUGAGCUGAGUGCUUGGUCAGAAAUGAAUUUGAUCAAAUUUUAAUUCCAUUUUCAACCAACGGUAAUUAAAGAGGGGACUGAAUCUACUGUUUCGUGUCACCUGUGGAAAUAGACCUAUAGUCCAAAUGGCCAUGCAUUGCUUGCCAUUAGACUUCGUUAAAAGAACGGAACAUAAAAGCAUCUGUGUUUGAGCACUUAUUUCUGUGGAAGCAGAGCUACAGACUCUGGGGAACUACCCAUAACAUGACUAGUUACCUAAAACCCGGAGACUUUCUAGGAGGUUAUCGGUGUGUGAAGUUUUAGCUGAUUGGGUCUUUUUCCCGUGUGUGCGUAUGUGUGCGCGCGUGUGUGUGAUUUUGUACUGAUGCAACGGCUCGGCUGAUGUCCGUAAAAGAAAGAAAACGUUACAGGACUUGUGUGUUGCCAUGCUGCUGCCCUUCAGUAAGAAAGAAACCUCUCGACACUGCUUCAUACCCUGCUCCCCGCACACAAGCUCACAGACAUAAGCUCACAGACACAAGCUCACAGACAUAAGCUCACAGACAUACACGCACAUACACACAAAAAAAGCCCUUUUGCCCUACAGAAGAUCCUCUUCGCUUCAGUGCAAUGCAAACUUAUUUAAUAAUAUAAACUAUACAAGUUCCUUUCCUCGAUUAUGAUGCCAAUAAUAGUAUGAAUAUGUAAUGGCUGUACAGUAAAUGUGUUACGAUGUAAACAUGUAUCCAUCCAUUUUUACUGUCACACCUGUCUUGUAUUUUUAUUUUUUAAUGUUUCUUUUUUUUAUUAUUUAAAUCGAAAAAUGGAAUAUACAACCAUCAGAGUCUGUUUCCCAGAUGCGUUGUGGAUUAGUUCAAAGUCUCCGUUUAUAAGGACUCUUAGUUUUUUUAUCGUAAUCGUUAAAAAAAAAAAAAAAAGAAAAACAACGGAUGGAUUAACAGAUUUCCCCUAAGCUAACGGUGGCAUAUCCGGUGCUGCCCCGUCUCUGACACAGCUGAGAUGGGCCCUGGAGCUGGAAGAAGGUCUCUUUACGUGUGAACGGUGUCCGCAACAGCUGGUACCCAUUUUGCAUGGGUCCCGGCUUUAGCGUACAGCUCACAGUGGCUAUUCCCCGUUCGAGGAUUCAGACCCAUACAUUUCCGUAGUUUUCUUUCUCUUGUAUGUGAAAUAUGUACAUAUUUCAGGUCUUGCUUCAAACAGCACUAUAUCUAUGUCAAAUAUGUUGCAUAUGUUGAAUUAUGUCCCUUUAGCACUUAACCAGACUUGUACAGCCAUGGAUUCCCACCUCCCCAAUAUUUCACCCCUAUCAGGUGACCCAUGAUCAUUGUGUGUUUUUUUAAGCAUUUUUCGUUGGUCCCACUCACCAGGGACGGAUUACGGACCGGGCCAGCGGGGCCGCUGCCCAGGGGCCCUUGGGGUGCAGGGGGCCCGUGGGGCCCCUAGCCCAAAACAAUUUGCAACGCUUAUCAACAAUGUAUUUUCGUUUGUCUAUUUUAGAGGGCCUACAUUCUUUGAUCCUCUGCCUACAAGGGCCCCUGACCCUAUAGGGAGGGCGUUUGGCUGCCA